AUGUCGAAGGAUGCGAAGACAGCGGCGGACCUGAGACGGGAAGGGAGAAGCAAACUCUUUGGCGGCGACCACUCCGGUGCAGCGAAGCUGCUCAGAGAGGCGGCUCGCCGGGAGCCCGAGGAUGCUGGGGGCCACUACCUCCUGGGCGUGGCGUGCUGCCGCCUCGGAGAGCUUAGGGAGGCCGAGGCUUCCUUGAAGGAGGCCAUCCGCCUGCAGCCGAAGGAGCCUGCGUACCACGCGAACCUGGGGUGGCUCUAUGGCACGGAGCUCAAGAAUUAUGCGGCCGCCGUGGAGGCCUACCGUGAGGCCCUGCGGCUGGAGCCGGGAAACAAGGACUCUCGGCGCGAGCUCGCAGAAGUGGAGCGGAAGCUGCAAGAGGCGAGGAAGGGAAGGAGGGUUUAG